AUGGGAUCCUGGUUCUCUGGUCCACAGGCGCCUGACGUGGUUGUAACUUUCGUCUCUCUCGGCAUGGUGGUCCUGGAUGAAUUACGCUUUCCCGGGAAGAAGCUAAUUUCAGAUGUGAUGGGAGGCUCUGCGUCGUACGGAACCUUGGGAGCGCGGCUCUUCGCGAUGAACAGGAGGUCGACUUCGAUUGGCUGCCUUGUUUUGGCGGGUAAAGAUUUCCCGGAAGCUGUGGAAAAACGCCUCCGGGAAUGGAACAUGGCUUUGGUCUUGAAGAAGGAUCUGAAAAGGCUGUCCACGCGUGGCUUACUAGAAGACGAGGACACAACAUUUGGACCCAAAAAGUUCAGGUACACAACAGAGCCUCUGAAACCCUUGCCGCAUGACUUGUUUGCUUCGCCUCUGCUUGCAUCCCAUACUUACCACUUCCUGGCCGCGCCAGAAGAUCUCACUCGCCAAGUAUCCGAGCUGCUUGAGCUGCGCAUGCAAAAGGGCAUAGAUUCCAGACCUCUUCUUGUAUGGGAGCCUUUCCCGCCUGCAUGUCAGGCCGAAAGUUUGAAGUCGAUUCUGGCUGCUUGUAGCUUGGUUGAUGUGUUCUCUCCGAACCACCUAGAAAUAACUCGUCUCUUCACAGAUGCCGAUCCAGAAGAGUUUCAGCCAAAAGUUCUCGAGUCAUAUGCCCAGAAGUUUCUUGACCACUCCAUCGGCCCCCACGGGAAGGGUUGCAUUGUUAUCAGAGCUGCUGAACAUGGGUCAUUGAGUGCGUCUCGUGCAGCAGGUUGCAUAUGGUCACCGGCUUUCUAUCCCACAGCCUCCGAUCUCUCACGGAUUGUUGAUCCCACUGGAGCUGGCAACGCGUUUAUUGGGGGUUUCGCGACGGGCUUGCAAGAAAAGCGAACGCUCGACCAGGCUGCCGCUUAUGGCAAUGUUGCAGCAAGCUUUGCUCUGGAGCAGAUCGGCCUCCCUACAUUGGAGGUGAACGAUUCAUGUUCAUAACUAGAAGAUAGAAGAGAUAUGACUUCCAGACUCACUUUCCG